AAUGUCGAUAACAGAAAAGGUUGUCAAAACGGAAGCACAUCAAAUGUAAUCGCAUGCAAAAGUGAAUAUUUUCAGGCAACUAUCAAUUAAGUAGAGUUGAAUUUCCUGUACAAAAAAAAUUAAGUUCUUCCCAUAAUGGAGUCCGACAAGUACCAAAAGGACCAGAACAAGCCGGACUAUAAGCUGGGCGAGCGAAACUUGGAUGUUAAGUCCGAUAUGGAGUUCAUAGACAUGAUUCUAAAGGACCUAAGACUGGAGGCCGAGCCAGGGGUGCGCGGUGUGGUUCUGGAUAUUGCCUAUACUCUGGCCAGGGACAAGCUCGUCGAGGCUGUGCGCUUCGCCAAGCUCUCGAAUCGCAUCAAUCUCACCGUUGAUGACCUAAAAAUGGUACACCUGGAGGAGACGGACGAACUGAAGAACUGCGUGCAGACCCUGAAGAACAUGGAUAUUGCCCAGGAAACUUUGCCCAAGCCGAACAUGGAAAAGGGACUCAUGCUGCCCAACUGGCGCAACUGUCAGGUGGGCGUGAUGCCCGAGCUACGGGCUCCCGAGAUAAAACCUACACCACGGGUUAUCCCCACUCGUCCUCCUAUUGUUCGUCGUCUUCCAAAGGGCCAAUCGAUCAUACCGGCGUCUGCAUUGGGAAACACUGGUGGACCCCGUAUUAAAGUUAUUCCAUCUACAUCUAAAGGUCCUAUAACUGUGCGGACUACCCCUAUGAUGGUGAUGCCAAGCUCGAAAGCUUCAGGGCCUUCUGCUAUUUCUCCACCGUUCCCUAAGAAAUUAAGGUUAACUUAAGGUCUAAUACAGGAAAAUACAAAAUAAAAUUAUAUAUAAACGGAAUAAAUUCACGUUCCCCAAGAAUCAAUA